AUGGCAAGAACAGCUUUCAUCACCGGUGCCAAUGGCCUCAGCGGUAGCGCCAUUGUUGCGCAUCUCUGCAACACAACCACCUCUGCCGAAUGGGAAUCUAUCAUUGUCACUUCGAGAAGUCCCUUAAAAGCUACUAUCACGGACUCUCGGAUCAAGUUCAUCGCUCUCGACUUCACAAAUGACGUUCCCUGCCUAGUGGAAAGGAUGAAAGAGAUCUGCGGUCCCGUCAGCCAUGCUUAUUUCUGUUCUUACCUUCACAAGGAUGAUUUUGCAGAGUCAUACACCGCCAACAAAGCCCUCUUCAAAAAUUUCAUAGCCGCCAUCGACAAGACAGCCCCCAAGUUAGAGAACGUUACUUUGCAGACAGGCGGAAAGUACUACAAUCUCCAUGUCGAACCCGUGCCCUCUCCAGCGCGGGAAGACGACCCACGCCGCUAUGGGCCAUUUGAGAAUUUCUAUUUUCCCCAAGAAGACACACUGACCGUAAUGCAGCGUGGCAAGGCCUGGUCGUGGAAUGUCAUACGAUCGGAGGCCAUCAUCGGUGCAAACUCGCAGCCGUAUGGUUUGAAUGAGGCCCUCACCAUUGCCAUAUACUUCUUGAUCUGCCGCGAGCUGGGUACCGUUGCCCCAAUGCCGACGAAUCAGCGAUACUGGGAAGGAACAGAGGACGUGUCAUACGCACCUUUGAUCGCCGACCUGACUAUAUUCGUUUCGACCCGGAAGUCAUGCGCUAAUGAAGCUUUCAACGUCACCAAUGGAGAUUAUUUUUCCUGGCGCUACAUGUGGCCACGCCUCGCCUCAAGUCUCGGUGCCAACGCCGACUCGCAACAGCAUUUCGAAAAAGCGGUGCCCAGAGAGGGCGAGUUACAAGUCGAGUGGCGCCUGGCCGAAUGGUGUCAGGACAAACGCAAGGUGUGGGAGGACUUGUGCGAUCGUCAAGAUUUGCCGGGUGCCAAAGCGACAUUUGACCUUGCCGGCUGGGAAGUGGGAGAUUUUCUCUUUCAGAGGACGUGGAGUGCUACAUUGAGCAUAAACAAAGCGCGGCGGUUUGGAUGGACUGGGCACAUCGAUUCCUACCAAUCGUUCGUCAAUACGUUCGACAAGUUCAGACAGCUCGGCUUGAUACCUCAGUAA